GCACCCCUCGUCGCCGGCCGACCUAUCAUACCCCUCACGCUCGAUGUCGAUGCCAGUCACCUCACCCACCACACGCUGGAUGUCCCCACCGCCAGUUUACGACAAUAGACUUAAUGUACCCGGAUCGAACAACAAGCUCACACCUUACCUUCAGCUUCCACAUCUGCUCUCCUUGACAUGGCUCGCGUAUCCGAUUCUCUCGCUCAUUUUCAUCGUCUUUCGGCUUCAAAUUUCGUCGGACUCUGCGCAAACUUCGAUAGCGAAUGCGAAGGACGACCUUCUUGCGAGCUGCCAGGCCGCUCAGACUGCAGGAGCUUCUGUUGUUAGCAUGCCACGGUACAUGGCUAUAGCGACCAACGAGCAAAUUUCAGAUGCAGUCAACGGGACUAUGAAUGCUGCUCGUGCUGCUCUUAUUCUCUCACUGACCAUCAUGGAGACUAUCAUCAACUUCCUCGUCGACAUCUACCGUUCAACCUUUCUCUGCUUCGUCGAGUUGAUCGUUCGGGGUGGAUUGUCGGUUCUCAUAAGCGCAGUUCAAGAUAUUUCAGACGCUAUCACGAGUACUCUGAACGAUCUUCGUACGACCAUUCAGAACGACGUCAGUUCGGUGAAUUCAGCCAUUCAGACUGCCAUCGACGCCAUCAACAAGGUCAACCCCUUUGACGAUAUCACCGCACCUCAGUUCAGCAUCCCUGAUCUCGAUGCUCUCUCGAACGUAACGAUUCCGACUGAUUUCGAGGAUACUUUGAUCUCGUUGAACAACUCGUUGCCGACCGUCUCGGAUAUCAAGAACGCUAUCAAUGGAUUACUCGACACGCCCUUCGAAGCCGUCAAGGCGGAUAUUAACAACACCUUCGCCGGGCUGUCCUUCAAUUCCUCCGCUCUUCCCGUUCCCGAACGUGCCACACUCUCAUUCUGUGACGACAUGGAUACCUCCGUCGUCGACGAUCUCGGACACGAUAUUCUCCAAAUCGCCAAGAUCGGCCUCAUCCUCGUCAUUGUCUGCAUCUUCCUCCUCCUUGCCGGCAACUGUCUCCUCGAAUGGUACAAAUGGCGCACCCUCAAGCAACACCUCCAAUACACCCGUGAAGCAUGGAUGUCUGACCCGACUAUCGCGCACAACAACAUGGACGCAGGAGCGCCCACCGUUCGCCUCUCGGACCACAACCUGCUCAUGCUCGGGGCCGAUUCCGCUCACCCACUCAUCACGCGACUGGCGAACCAAUUCUCUGCUUUCUUUCGCCUGAAACCACAGAGCCAUAUCAACCUCCGCUGGCUCCUCCAAUACGUCUUCCAUCCUCCAGCUCUAGCCUGCUUCCUCAUCGGCUUCUUCGGCAUUCUCUCCGUCGAGAUCCAGCUUAUUGCUAUCCAUCCCCUCGAGGCGAAGUAUCAGGCCCGUUCCGCUGCCGCCGUCUCCGAUUUCUCGAACACGGUAGCGACGUCCGUCAACCAGAGCAUGUACAACCAAUCCGCUUCCUAUGCCAACGACAUCAACUCCCGCGUCGACGCCAUCCAAACUUCGAUCAACGACGGUCUCUUCGGCUGGGUCAACGGCACGACGAGCACGCUGAACGACUCGCUCGUCACCUUCUAUUCCGACGUCCAGAACUUCGUGACCUUGAUCUUCAACGGGACGAUCCUCGAACAGCCCGCGCAGGAAUUCGUGCAAUGUCUCAUCGGGAGUAAAGUCGACGCUCUCGAAGAAGCCCUCACCUUCCUGCACGACAACCUGAACAUCAACAUUGCGAAAGUGAACGAAUCCGCGCUCGUGCUCUCCUCGGAUCAAGUCAACGAGGCGACGCAGCCCAUCGCUGCGGCUGCGAUUGGGGGCAAUGGGAGCGACAGCGACGGUCUGGUGGGGAAGUUGGUGAAUGCGUAUGUCGAGUCGUUGAAGAAGGAGAGGAUCAUGUUUGCGGUGUUUUUGGGGCUGUGGGGGUUGGUGGUGUUGAUGGGUCUGGCGGUGAUAUGGUGGCAUUCUUAUGGUGUUGAGUGGAAGGAAAGGAGGGAGAGGAGGAAAUGGAGGAUGGAGCAGAGGGAUGGCAUAAGGAGUAUCGUGGUUCCGUUUAAGGAGAAGGGUGGAGAGGAGCAUGGGCAUGGAAAGAGUAGCGUGGAGUUGCCAUCAUUUACUCCUUUGUCGUCACCGAAGGCGAAGGAGCAGGUUUUGGAGGACCAACAACGGAAGGGAAGAUCACGACACCCUCUUGGGAUGCUUCGCCCUCGGUUCGAGAAGAGCUUCGACAGUUUCUUCGACCAUCAUACGCCGACUCACGAGCAGCAACAGCCAAACCCUCCCGAGUCUCACUCUGAAUCCCCUCCCCGCGGCUUCCUCGCCAACAUAGGCCGAAAACGUUCCACUCCCCUCGCCACCCCUAGCCCUUACACCUCUCACGAAGAUCUCGAGAAGUCUCAUUCCGCAGAAGAGACAGGAGGACCCAACGACCAACGUCCCAAACCCUCCUGGUUCAAAUCCUUCUUCAACUUCUCAUCCUUCUCUUCCGGUGGCGAGUCAUCCUCAGACCCUCUCCCCUCGAGCAACGACAGCAUCGUUCCCCGUCGUCGUCCCAACCUCCAGAUCUCCACCUCCCACUCCCAGGAGUCCUUCCGUGACGAUCCCAACAACAACCUCCCCGCGAUCGAACGUACCUCUCCCUCCGAAGACUCCCACUCUCACGUCCCACCUUCAGCCUGGUCCACCUCCGAUGACCCCGGCCAAACACCCAAAGCACCCCGCACCCUUCCUUGGCUCAACCCCAUCGCUCCCACCGAACCGAAGCCCGUGCCGAAGCCCAAGCCCAACUCGAAAGCCGUAAGCCCGCCUAUGGCACUCAGACCGAAACCGCGGCGCACGGCGAGUGUGCCAGAGGAUGUCGGUAAUUCGAUGAUCAUCGAUGCGGAUUCGCCUCUGCCGCCUAAGGUUGGUGGACCCAAUGGACAGAGGGAGAGCCAGCAGAUGUAUCCGCAGACGCAUUUGCCGGUGCCGUUGUAUCAUGGCAGGCCGGAUAUGGGGAGGUAUCCUGCACUUGUUCCUGUUCCGAAGCUUACUCAGGAGCAUCAGGUGAGGACGCAUCGGCCUCGUCAAUCGUUCGUUGGGUCUGCGCUGCCUCAGCAACCUGCUCCCGCUCCAGGGAGACCUCUCGUGCCAGGACCGCCUGGUCUGCAGGGCUCACAGAGGAGGGCCAGGGAGUCUUAUGAUCCGUUCUCGACGCCGUUUGACGAUAUACAUGAAGUCCCGAGGAAUCCUAAUAGGGCGUCGAAUCCGUUUGGUGAAGGUGCGGUAGCGAUGUAGUAUGUAUGUGCUCAUGCGUGUCUGGACACGCAUUUUUUUCUUCUACUGAGGUUUGAAGGUCAUGAGCUGUUUGACGAACACGUUAUGAUUGGUGUAUCUAUAUUGUUUCCACUUUUUGUCGUUUACUCAGUGGUUGUGGUUGGACUUACGAUACUAGCGUCUCUUCACUUUUCACAAUAAUUCUGCAUGGUUUAUCGACUGGACCAUUCUUCUCUUUAUCCUCUCUCAUUCACGAAACUCUGCUAUAGCAUUAGUCUACUGUACAUCGAGUGGUGCGCGGUUCUCUCAAUACGUACUGUAUUACUAUGGCUUCAAUUGAAGCCUUCCCGUCCUUACUGUAUCUUUCGAGUUGACGUAUGUUGUACGGCCUUCGGUGCUGCAAUAUAUAAUUGUU